AGCCAAAAAUCCGCUGGUGAGCGGAUGGAUAUAAAAACGAAAGCGUCCGAGAAGCAGGCAAGCAGUUUAGAACCAAACUCGAACGCGACACCAUGUAUUUGCUUGUGAACUUCAUCGUAGCGCUGGCCGUGCUGCAGGUGCAAGCCGGCUCCUCCUACAUUCCGGACUCGGAUCGCAACACACGCACGCUUCAGAACGAUCUGCAGGUGGAGCGGGAUGGCAAGUAUCGGUAUGCCUACGAGACGUCCAAUGGCAUUUCCGCAUCGCAGGAGGGAUUGGGUGGCGUGGCCGUGCAGGGCGGUAGUAGUUACACAUCACCCGAGGGCGAAGUCAUCAAUGUGAACUAUGUGGCCGAUGAAUUUGGCUAUCAUCCCGUGGGCGCCCACAUACCCCAGGUGCCGGACUACAUACUGCGCGCCCUGGAGUACAUUAGGACGCAUCCCUACCAGAUCAAGGACUACUACACCGGCGAGCUGAAGACCGUGGAGCAUGAUGCGGCCGCCUUCAAUGUGUACACACGCAACAUACAGGAUCAUACGAUCCCCCAAUCCCGACCGAGCACCACGCCCAAGACCAUAUACCUCACCCAUCCGCCCACGACCACGUCGCGACCUCUGCGCCAAAGACGAGCUGUUCCGACGCACUGAUGAUCGAUGGACGUGAUUCUUUGGCGGGGCAAGGGGCUGGCCUCUCCGGCGGCCAGCGGGCGAAUCUGUGAAUUUUGAUCUAAACAAUUAAUUAAGCCACGAACAAUAAAUAGAAGUGCUAAACAAACAUAA